CAACAGACAUCAACCAAGGAUAGAACCACUAACCAGAUAUUAAAGAUGCAGUGGAGUCUGUUUCUGCUGGUUCUGAUGGGGCAGCGUUUCUUCGCCACCUGUUACCUGUAUGAGUACCACUUUAUUAGAGAAAACAAAACCUGGGAAGAAGCACAGAAAUACUGCAGAGAGAAUUAUACAGACCUGGCCAGCGUGUUUGACAUGGCAGACAUGGAGAGACUGCGUGAAUCCACAGAGUAUGAAGGUAAAGCCUGGAUUGGACUGUUCAGCAACCCAGGAAAAGAAAACAGGAUGUGGCAUUGGUCUCUGCCAGGGGUGGAAUACACUGAAGAUGAAACCGGAUGGGGACGUUCUGAACCAGGUGAUCUAAAUGAGAACUGUGUGAAGACAAGAGAAAACUGGGCAGAUGUCACAUGUGACAAAACUAUGUGGUUCAUCUGCUACGAUGGAAAGAAGAGAGACAGUAAAUCGAUCCAUUUGAUUGAGAAGAAGAUGACCUGGACAGAGGCUCAGAAAUACUGCAGAGAUCACUACACUGACCUGGCCAGUGGACUCGAUCAGGCGGAUGGGGAAGAAUUUAAGACCCUGAAGCAGUCUAAGGACUCUCCGAUGAAUGUUUGGAUCGGCCUGUUCAGAGACACCUGGAGGUGGUCAGAUGGAAGUAAUUUCUCUUUCAGGCACUGGAAUAUGGAGUCAUUUUAUGACGGACAAAACAACAAGAAUUGUGCUGUGACUCUGUUAAACACAUCAGGGAAAUGGAGCUCUGAUGAAUGCAACAACAAAAAUCCUUUCUUCUGUUAUGAUGAUAAAUUGAUUCUGAUCAAUGAAAACAAGACCUGGGAGGAAGCCUUAGAUUACUGCAGACUGAACCACACUGACCUGGUCUCCAUCACUAACCCUCACCAACAGAGAGUGGUUGAGAGCAGAGCCAAGAAUGCCAGCAGUCCCUACGUAUGGGUGGGACUGCGCUACACCUGCGUGAUGGAUCUGUGGUUCUGGAUCAAUGACAAACUAGUCUGUUACGAGAACUGGGCUGAUAACGGAAAGAUUGAGGAGUGUCAUAGGUGUGCAGCUAUGGAAAGAGGAGGACGGUAUCAGUGGGUCAGUAAAAGUGAAUAUGAGAAAUAUAAUUUUAUUUGUUCUAAACAAUAAGCUUUAAACCUCUCUGACUCACUGCAGGUUAAUUAUUGCAGCAGAAAUAAUUUGCUUUUAUGAUUUAUUUCAACCACUGAAUGUAGAAAGAUGAAAAAACAAUAAUAAUAUUGCAGCGAGUCACCUCUAUGUUUUAUAUUAAGAACCAAAAGAUGGAUUAUGGUAGAAGAAAGAGAGACUGUAUCCAAGAUUAUAAAAGCUAUAUGAAAAGAGUGGCUACACAGUUUUUGUUUUAGGGUCUCGUAUAUGUUAUUUACACAGAAAAUCAUAGCAUGUUGUGUUAGCAUAUUAGCAAUGAAAGCAAAGAGGAGGAACUGACAUCAUGUCCAGUUUCAACCAACAUGAUUAACAUCUAUGAUAAAUGUUUAACCUGCUGUUUCGUCGACACACUACCUUCUUUCUUUAUUAUUUUUUAUUCUGCUGUAGAUAUUAACAGUAACCACCUAGCACAUUACACACAAGCCUGUUGAUUCAGCUGAUUUUUAAAAAUAUAUAUUCACUAUACUGUUUAAUUUAAGUUAUAUCCAAGUGUGUUUGUAUGAUGAUUAAAAGCCGCUUUUUAGAGAUAAGUGGUCCUCGUAGCCAUAUUAUAAUCAUGUGUUUAAAGUAAACCUCAGUCUUAACCAUCUGCAGCAGUAAUAUUGAUCCAUAUAACACUGAUGGGGAACAUGUUAAUGCAGAAUAAAUACUUUUACUUUUAAGCAUUUUUUGUAUACCUUGCCAAUAACAAAGUUUUAUGUGUAUUGAGCUGUUUUCAUUGGGUUUUAUUGCUUCUAUUGCUAAAGGAAUGGUUGAUAAAAUAAAUUCUCCAACAUGUGUCAUUGUCAGCUAAUAAUAAAUAUUUAACUACA